CAUUACCUAUCGUUCUGGGGCUUGUGGAGGCAUCAUUCUAGUUUUAUUUAUUUGUCUGAUCGUAUUCAGACAAAGAGUUAAAUCUCUUAUUUUUAAGGGACCAGUAACUAUUGCUACUCCCACUCAAGCUACAGAGAUGCAUGGAUUUUCCCCUGAACCUGCGUUCAUGGGAGAGCAAAACCUUGUCUUCAGCUUACAAGCUCUAGUAGAAGCUACAGAUAAUUUUAAUGACAACAAUAAGCUUGGACAGGGAGGCUUUGGUGCGGUAUACAAGGGGAUAACUAGUGAUGGAAAUGAAAUAGCAGUGAAGAAACUUUCUGCCAAAUCUAAACAAGGAAAGAAAGAAUUUAUGAAUGAAGUAAAAUUGGUGGCGAACGUUCAGCACCGAAACCUUGCAAGGCUGCUAGGCUGUUGCGUAGAGGGAAAUGAAAGGUUGCUUGUUUAUGAUUAUUUUCCAAACAAGAGUUUAGACACAUUUCUUUUUGAUGUAGAGAAGCGUAAAGAGCUAGACUGGGAAAAGCGUUAUAACAUCAUCAUUGGAAUUGCUCGUGGAAUUCUCUACCUUCACCAGGAGUCACAGUUGAGAAUCAUUCAUAGAGAUAUUAAAGCGAACAAUAUUUUGCUUGACCACAAACUCAAUCCAAAGAUAGCUGACUUUGGUUUAGCUAAACUUUUUCCCGAAGACAAGACACAUAUCCAUACCAGAGUUGCAGGCACAUAUGGUUACAUGCCUCCAGAGUAUGCAAUGCGAGGACAGCUGUCAGUUAAAGUAGACGUUUACAGUUUUGGAGUAGUUCUGCUCGAGAUCAUAAGUGGAAGAAAAAACAAUGAUAAUCAUCUUCCCUACGAUAUGCAACACCUUGUAGAAUGGGCAUGGAAACUGUUCCAGGGAGGAAAUGCACUGAAUAUGGCAGAUUCAGAGGCAUCUGGAGUCAGUGAGGAGGAGGCCUUAAGAUGCAUCCAUGUUGGUCUUCUGUGUGUACAAGCUAAUGCAACAUUUCGUCCAGUUAUGUCUGAUGUUAUUACAAUGCUCUCAAGCAGUUCAGUGACAUUACCAAAUCCUUCAAAACCUGCUUUCGUAAGUACUGGUGAGAGCCAUUCUCUAAAACCAGAACCAAUGUCAAUGUCAAGCUGGGGAAAUGACGAGGAUAAAAUCGUAACAACAUCACAGAUUUCUGGGGCAACUACAACAUCUUCACCAGGGAUUCGUUCAGUAAAUGAAGCUUCCAUUACUGAAGUAGAAGCUAGGUGAUUUCACAUACCAUAAAUUAUCAAGUUACCGCUUCAAC